AUGGCCCGGGUCAGUGACCACGCACUCGGCUAUUACUCGCCCACCCAUCCCUCCAUGCUGGUCGAAGCCAGCGGCAUGCAUGUCGAUGAAGAUGGCUUCCUGCAGUCUAGACAGAGAGCUGGUGGACCAUAUCUGUGUUCCCUACCGGCAGACCAAGAGCCCCUUCGAGUAGGCUAUUAUCAUAAAUAUACGCCGGAGGAAGUUGCGCACGUCGAGGAGAAAGUAGACCGGAUCCUGGCCAGCGCAGGAAUCCAAUACACUGAAAUCACCCUCACUGGCCGUCUUUCGAUCGUAGACCGAGAAAUGGUGCGACGUCACGAAACAGAUAUUCCAUGA